CUUGUGGUGUAUAAUUGAUGCUGUCGUGAUCUGUUGUCUGAACUCGACGCGGAUGACAAUGUGUGCGGCUUGGAUGCGACACUCGUUCCAGCAUGUGGGCAAGACAGCAACCCACUGGUUUCCAGGCCACAUGGCAGCAGGUCUACGGGCGAUGCAGAAGAAUUUAAGACGGUGCGACUGUGUUCUUGAGGUCCACGAUGCCCGUGUUCCAUUCAUUGGACGCAAUCCCCAGUUCAAGUACCUUGCUGGGACGCCGCGCAUUCUCCUCUUGAAUAAGGCAGAUCUCGCGCCAACACCACAACCAGAGGAGAAAGAAGCUAUCAUGCACGAGUGUCUUCCAAAUGGAGAGCUGGUCUACUCGGAUGUCUUGUACAUAUCCUGUGGGAAAAAACAAGCGGACGUCAGACAGGUGAUGCCAGCUGUGUUGAAGAGCAUCGGCAAAGACGUGCUCGACUCGCGCCAGCACCUGCGGCUACUGAUUGCCGGAAUGCCAAACGUUGGCAAGUCAUCUCUCGUCAACACACUCCGCUCUGUCCUCGCAAACAAGCGCAAGUGUGCACGCACAGGCGACCGCCCCGGCGUUACACGCACUGUUCAGCAAGACGUCAAGAUCCACGAUGAUCCCCCCGUGUACAUCUUGGACACUCCAGGGGUGAUGAUCCCUGACCUGGACAACCAAGACCACGCCAUGACACUGGCCAUGCUGGGCACGCUACGGGACGAGCUGGUGGGCGAAGAACACGUCGCGGACUACCUUCUCUUCUCCCUCAACCAACUUGGCAUCUUCAGCUAUGUUGAUCGCUACAGACUGGACGGUCCGAGCGACAACAUCGACGUUGUCCUGGCCGCCGUGGCAAAACGCAUCGGCGCGCUCCUCAAAGGCGGAGAGCACGAUACGCUGCGUGCGGCCUGUGCGUUCUUGGAUGACUUUCGGCGUGGUCGCCUCGGCCCUUUCCAUCUUGGAUUCAACCCGCCGCACAUGACGCACGCAGAAACAUUCACAUGUGCUUCAACCAGCGUGGCAGCUGCAAGUAAGUCGCAUCAACAACAACAACAUCAGCAGCAGCAGCAGCAGCUGGACGCUGGGGAUGAUGGCAUGGCUGCAUUUGAGGCAGCACUGCACACCACAGCAACAUCCUCCAAACCAACCAAGAAACGCCUGCAGCGUGAAGCAAUCAAGCGCCACGACGCGCGCCGGCGCUCUCGCGGCCACGCUUAGGUGUCUGCCUUCGUGUGUGCGUGUGUGCGUGUGUGUGUGUGUGCGUGUGUUGUGUGUGUGUACGUGUGUGUCUGCAUAUUGUUGCCAUCUCUUCGUCCGUCCGUUUGUCUAUGUCUCAGUGUGUGUGUGUGUGUGUGUGUGUGUGUGUGUGUGUCGUUUGUUGCGGUACCUUCUUCCAACCUUUCGUCCGCCUCUCUUUCUCCAUGCCUGUUUGUGUCUUCUCUCCAUAUGUCUUGUCUGCUGUAAUUGACCUUGAUUGCAUGUUUCAUGUCGCUUUGUCGAACUGAUACUCCCGUCGAUAAAUAUGUCUCAAGCUGGA